AUGGGCCUAGCUCUUUUAGCCUCUUCUUCAGUAUUUCUAACUAGACCGCUCCUCAGUCAAUUGGUUCGCUUCUCCCCAAUAGGUUUCAAUUACAUAGUAGGACGCUUCAAGCCAUUCACGUGUAUAUCUCACUAUAAUACCACAACCUCUCCUAAAAUGACUUCUAAUUUCAAGACAUUCGACCUGGACUUCUUAAAACCAGAUUUAGAUGAAAGAUCGUAUCGGUUUAUUGAGUUGCCUAACAAAUUGAAGGCCCUGUUAAUCCAAGACCCAAAGGCUGAUAAAGCCGCUGCUUCGUUGGACGUUAAUAUUGGCGCCUUUGAAGACCCGGAAAGUUUGCCUGGUCUGGCCCAUUUCUGCGAGCAUCUUUUGUUUAUGGGCUCUGAGAAAUUUCCUGAUGAAAACGAAUAUUCAAGCUACUUGAGUAAGCAUGGGGGUUCAUCGAAUGCCUACACUGCGUCGCAAAAUACAAACUAUUUUUUCGAAAUAAAUCAUCAACACUUAUUUGGAGCGCUGGACAGGUUCGCAGGUUUCUUCUCUUGUCCUCUUUUCAAUAAGGAUUCCACUGAUAAAGAAAUCAAUGCUGUUAACAGCGAAAAUAAAAAAAAUUUACAAAAUGAUAUCUGGAGAAUCUACCAAUUAGACAAGUCUUUGACCAAUCCAAACCAUCCAUAUCAUAAAUUUUCCACGGGGAACAUCGAGACUUUGGGCACCUUGCCCAAGGAGAACGGGCAAAACGUUAGAGAUGAGUUGUUACAGUUUCAUAACAACUUUUACUCCGCCAACUUAAUGAAGCUGUGUAUUCUUGGCAGAGAAGAUCUCGACACUUUGUCUGAUUGGACCUAUAAUCUGUUUAAAGAUAUUUCGAAUAAUGACCGUGAGGUACCUCACUACGCAGAGCCUAUUAUGCAAUCUGAAUAUCUGCAAAAAAUAAUUCAGGUCCACCCCGUGAAGGAUUUGAAAAAACUAGAAAUUUCAUUCACUGUUCCUGAUAUGGAUGAGAAGUGGGAGUCCAAGCCACCAAGGAUAUUAAGUCAUUUAAUUGGCCACGAGGGCUCCGGUUCUUUAUUGGCACAUUUAAAGAAUGUGGGUUGGGCGAAUGAGCUAUCUGCCGGUGGGCACACUGUCUCCAAAGGUAAUGCCUUUUUCGCUGUAGACAUCGAUCUGACUGACAACGGGUUAACGCAUUAUCGUGAUGUCAUUGUGUUGGUCUUCCAAUACAUUGAAAUGUUGAAGAAUUCGCUUCCUCAGAAAUGGAUCUUCAGUGAAUUGCAGGAUAUUUGCAAUGCCUCUUUCAAAUUUAAGCAAGCUGGUAGCCCCUCUUCCACAGUUUCCUCCUUAGCGAAAUUCCUGGAAAAAGAGUAUAUUCCUGUUGAUAGAAUUUUGGCCAUGGGCUUACUAACUAAAUAUGAACCAGAUUUGCUCACUCAGUAUACAGAUGCCCUAAUCCCCGAAAAUUCUCGUGUUACAUUGAUUUCGAAAAGUUUAGAAACGAACUCCAGCGAAAAAUGGUAUGGUACUGCGUUCAAGGUGCUGGAUUAUCCAGCAGAUUUAGUGAGAGACAUUAAAUCCCCAGGCUUGAACCCGGCCCUAAAUUUGCCACGUCCAAAUGAAUUUGUUUCAACCAAUUUCAAGGUUGAUAAAAUAGAUGGCGUAAAGCCAUUAGAAGAACCUAUGCUGUUGUUAUCCGAUGGUGUCAGCAGAUUAUGGUAUAAGAAGGACGACCGAUUUUGGCAACCAAGAGGUUAUAUCUAUUUGUCUUUUAAAUUGCCACAUACUCAUGCAAGCAUCAUUAACAGUAUGCUAUCUACGUUAUAUAUCCAGAUGGUCAACGAUGCAUUGAAAGAUCUACAAUAUGAUGCUGAUUGUGCUGGUCUCCGUAUAUCUUUCAAUAAGACUAAUCAAGGCCUUGACAUUACCGCGUCGGGGUAUAAUGAAAAGCUAAUCAUUUUAUUAACAAGGUUCUUGCAAGGUGUUAUUUCUUUUGAACCUAAGAAGAACCGUUUUGAGAUUUUGAAGGACAAGACCAUUCGUCAUUUGAAGAAUUUGUUAUAUGAGGUUCCAUAUUCGCAAAUGUCAAACUACUAUAAUUCUCUAAUAAACGAGCGUUCUUGGUCAACUGCUGAAAAACUACAGGUUUUCGAGAAAUUGUCGUACGAGCAACUAAUUAAUUUCAUACCUACAAUUUAUGAAGGUGCAUUUUUUGAAACCUUGAUUCACGGCAAUAUUAAACGUGAAGAGGCAAUGGAAGUGGAUUCGUUGAUUAAGUCAAUGAUCACAGUUAACAUUAACAAUUUGCAAGUUUCUAACAACCGUUUGAGGUCCUAUCUACUCCCAAAGGGUAAGAGCUUCAGAUAUGAAACUGCUCUGAAAGAUUCUCUGAAUGUCAAUUCAUGCAUCCAACAUGUCACACAAUUGGACGUUUAUUCGGAAGAGCUAUCCGCCCUUAGCGGACUAUUUACACAGUUGAUUCAUGAGCCAUGUUUUGAUACUUUAAGAACGAAGGAGCAAUUGGGCUAUGUUGUGUUCAGCUCCAGUCUAAACAAUCACGGUACCGCAAAUAUCAGGAUCUUGAUCCAAUCAGAACAUACCACGCCGUAUCUAGAAUGGAGGAUAACCAAUUUUUAUGAAACUUUUGGCCAAACCUUGAAAGAUAUGAAGCAGGAAGACUUUGAAAAACACAAAGAAGCAUUAUGCAAUAGUCUAUUACAGAAAUUCAAGAACAUGGGUGAAGAAAGUGCCAGAUAUACGGCAGCAAUAUACUUGGGCGAUUACAAUUUCACGCAUCGUCAAAAGAAGGCUGAGCUAGUUGCUAACGUUACGAAAAAAGAAAUGAUAGACUUCUAUGAAAAUCAUAUAAUUGGUGAGAACGCGUCUAGAUUAAUCCUUCAUUUGAAGUCGCAAGUGGAAAACAAAGAGCUUGAUGAAAGCGACUUGGACCUCGCCAAAUACCCUUGUGGGGAGUUGAUCGAAGAUGUCGGAUCAUUUAAAUCAACUCUGUUUGUUGCUCCCGUUCGUCAACCAAUGAAAAACUUCGAGGUUUCUGUACCUACUGAAGACGGCAAAUAG